AUGCAACGAGACCAACCUACAGUAUGCCUUCAAGGCGAUUUCCAGUGUAACUUCAAGAAGCCAUAUCUCCGCGCCAAGGCUAAACCAGCCAAACCAUCCAACUACAAAUCGAUUCUAGAGGUCUUCAACUACCCCAUAACUCCAAAAAAUCGAUUGGUCCAGUUGAGAACAACGGCGCUGGGUACGUCGAGAAAUUUCCACUACACAACACAGCGCCCAGCAGUGAAAAACACAGGCAAGCGUCUUUGCACUGCGCUCUGUGGUGGCAAUGGAGUGAAGGGAAGAGGACUGCUGGCUGAAGGCGAACCACUGGAAAUGGGGGGCUGUUGGGGGGAGCUCAACAGAGAACAACGGGGGGCUCCUCUUCUUUCCCAUUCUCCACUGCGUUUUCCACUGGCAACGGUCGUUUCAGUGGGGCGAAGGAAGCGAGGGAAGGCUGAAGAAGAGAGCACUGAACUAACACCCCGGGCUCGGAGCCUGGCCUGCUCGCAACAACGAGCACUAUUUCCUCUUCCCUCUGUCUUCGUGCGGAGGCAGAGGGUGGGGAAAUAG